AUGUUAAUUUUUUGUUAUCAAUCAAAUUUUUCUUGUAAUGCAUAUAUCAGCUGCCAACAUGUAGCUGUAUCUAAUGCUACUCUCCUUUCAGAUGCUUCCUCCAAGCAGGCGCAGAGUAACAUCCUCUGGUCUAGGAGUGUGUCUUCCAGCGGUACAGGAGCCUUCCAUCUUGCAACAUUUUUAGGAGUGUUGUGGUCAGCAGUGGAGGGAGCUUUCACACUGCACCUUUUUCACUCGGAGUUCUGGGCAGCAGUGCAGGGACCUUCCAUAUUGCAGCAUUUUCACUCAGGAGUGUGUCUUCCAGCAGUGCAGGAGCCUUUCAUCUUGCAGCAUUUUCACUCGGGAGUGUUGUGGUCAGCAGUGGAGGGAGCUUUCACACUGCACCUUUUUCACUCGGAGUGUUCUGGGCAGCAGUGCAGGGACCUUCCAUAUUGCAGCAUUUUCACUCGGGAGUGUGUCUUCCAGCAGUGCAGGAGCCUUUCAUCUUGCAGCAUUUUCACUUGGGAGUGUUGUGGUCAGCAGUGGAGGGAGCUUUCACACUGCACCUUUUUCACUCGGAGUGUUCUGGGCAGCAGUGCAGGGACCUUCCAUAUUGCAGCAUUUUCACUCGGGAGUGUGUCUUCCAGCAGUGCAGGAGCCUUCUAUCUUGCAGCAUUUUCACUCGGGAGUGUUGUGGUCAGCAGUGGAGGGAGCUUUCACACUGCACCUUUUUCACUCGGAGUGUUCUGGGCAGCAGUGCAGGGACCUUCCAUAUUGCAGCAUUUUCACUCGGGAGUGUGUCUUCCAGCAGUGCAGGAGCCUUCUAUCUUGCAGCAUUUUCACUUGGGUGAUGUGCUGCGAAGAGACACAUGCAGUCUGUCAUCAGAAAGGCAAGUUUUGUCCUUCACAAUUUUCAUUUCACGAUCGGAGCUGUUGCACCUGGUGUGGAGCAGUGUUGGAGUACAGGUGUGGUGGAUGCAGCAGACAUUGUGUACCUCAGAUGGAGCUGUUGCACCUGGUGUGGAGCAGUGUUGGAGUACAGGUGUGGUGGAUGCAGCAGACAUUGUGUACCUCAGGCUGCAGUUACACCAAAGUAUGAUACAGAAGAAAGUUACUGGCAUCUCCCUGCACCCUGUGAGCUGGGAAGGCCCCUCUAGUGGAUGUGAGGACACCUGACACUAGUGAGUGUGCUGCUGAAGGAGGGAGACCAUCAUGCCUGUGUCCUCCUCCCAUACUUCAGACCAGUUUUUGUUGUUAAUGUAACCGAUUAUUAAGUUUGAAAUAUUUAUGACUGUUACACAUAAGUUGACUUAUUCUUGUAUAAUUUUGAAAUAAAUAUAAAAGCAAUA